GGGACUGUAAAGGACGCCGUGAGGUGCUGCACAGCGCUUCUGGCUAUGUGACGGAUGGACCUGGCAACUACUCCGUCAAUGGCAACUGUGAAUGGCUGGUGGAGGCUCCUAGCAGCAGCUACCGCAUCCUUUUGACCUUCAUGUUUAUGGACACGGAAUGCACGUAUGACUACCUCUUCGUUUACGACGGAGAUUCUCCCAGCAGCCCUUUGCUGGCCAGCCUCAGUGGCAGCACCUUGCCUCCUAUUAUUGAGGCCACCUCGGGCAAGAUGCUGUUACACCUCUUCAGUGAUGCCAAUUACAACCUGCUGGGCUUCAAUGCCACUUACUCUGUCUCGCUGUGUCCCAUGGGCUGCUCUGGACAUGGCGUCUGUGAUAACGACGGGCGUUGUGCUUGUUUCCAAGGCUGGGGUGGCAAAGACUGCUCGGUGCCCGACUGCGUCACGUAUUGCCAGAAUCAUGGCGCUUGUAACCAGGAGUCCCGGCACUGCCAGUGUGAACUGGGCUUUGUGGGCCAGGCCUGUGAUUUAGCUCUCAGCGACAACCAAGGAGCUGGGAAAUGGUACAACGUCAGCAUCCGAGAUUCCACUUUCUGGCCCCGCACAGCGGCCGCUGGUGCUUUCCUGCCUUCUACUGGGGGACUCUACAUUUUUGGAGGCUUGGAUUUAAACACUGCUCUGGGGGAUCUUGUCUUCUAUAACUUUACCACCAACACUUGGCAUCAGAGAGUGCUUAGCCCUUCCCCAACUGCUCGACAUUCCCACACAGCCGUGGCCUGGGAGGGCUCCCUAAUUCUGUUUGGUGGGGAGCUGUCCACUGGGUUUCUAACCAACGAUGUCUGGAUGUAUCUGCCCCAGGAGGGCUACUGGCAGGAGCUGGUGCCCCUGAAUACCACCAAGGUUCCUCCUGGGCUGGCUGGCCACGCAUCUGCGGUGAUAGAUGAAUGGCUGUACGUAUUUGGAGGACGCACCUCGGUGGAUGUCUUCUCCUCCCACAUGUACCGCUUCCAUCUGAAACGAUGGACCUGGGAGUUGGUGAUUCCUUCAGGAGGAAAGGCGCCUGCAGCAGCCGGUCAUUCCAUGGUCUUCCACCCUGCUUCCCGUACUCUCUUGGUUUAUGGUGGGCACCGGCCCUCCACCGCUCGGUUCAGCGUCCGAGUGAACACUACCGACCUCUUCCACGUGGACUUGCGUUACUGGAGUACGUUGCGGGCCAAAGACUCACACCGGGGCCCUCGAGAAAGGGCCUUCCACUCUGCCACCAUCAUUGGCAAUUACAUGGUGGUUUAUGGGGGCAACGUUCACAUCCAUUACCACGAGGAAAAAUGUUACGAGGAUGAAAUCUUCUUUUAUCACUUGGGGUGCCAUCAGUGGGUCUCUAGUCACGAACUGGCACCUCUCAUCACUCAAGGUAAGGGGGGGAGUGCGCGUGGCCGGUAUUCGCACGUGGCCACCGUGAUGAAUGGAAAUGUGCUUCUUGUGGCAGGAGGCUACAGCGGGGUGCCACGCGGUGACUUGCUGGCUUACAAAGUGCCCACGUUCGUCUUUCAGGUGCCGUCUCAGAUGUGCCCCAACAGUGGCUGUCUGGGCCUGGCCCGCCUCUUAGUCGACUGCCAAUCAUGCCUCGCCUUUGGUGACACCAACGGUUCCCUGCCCCGAGCUUCAGGUCCCUUUGGCUGGUGUGUGCAAAACGAAACCUGCAUGCCCAUCACAGAACAGGCCAGAUGCCAAGUGGGGAAGAUUUCUGGAACGUAUGGCUGGUGGGGGCCGCAGUCCUUCUUUAUCACUUCCUUGGCCCAUUGCCAGCGGGAAAAUUUCUUGCCUGGCCUUCAUCUGAUUACCUACCAGCAGCCACGCAACGACUCCCAGCCAGACAAGGUCUCCAUUGUCCGAAGCACCACCAUCACCCUUAAUCCCAGCACAGAGAUGGACGUCUCGCUGGUCUACAAGGGAUUCAUUCACCCCCUGGUGAGCAGCUCUGGACCUGCUGAAGACAUCUCCAUUUGGGCACGCAUCCAGCGCCUGUUUGUGGUUGCUAAAUUAGCCCGCGCCCCUGGCGCAUCGGAGCUGGAGAAGGUGGGCAGUUGGGCAGGUCAACAGGAGAAAGAGAAGCUGUUACUCCAGCGUCCUGGGGCCGAACGCCUCUUCCCCAGCACUGAGAGAGGGAAUAAGUACGCGGUGCUGGUCGAAGGCCACCUCAAUAACUCUGGCAACGGACAGACCAGCGAACUGACCCUCACGUGGGAUCGCACAGGGGUGCCUGGGGGCAGCGUGAGUAUCUUGGCCUUGGCCUGCACCGUGCGCCUUAUCCUGGUCCCCGGCAACUGCAUCUUGUGCGAAGACUAUCGCGACUGCCACACCUGUAGCAAGGAUCCCUUCUGCGAAUGGCAAGUGAAUAGCAGCAAAAAGGGAGAUUUCCUUUGCAGUCGCCGAGGCCGUCUUAACGCUGCCAUCCGCUCCCCAAGAGAAUGCCCCAAACUCUGCAAUCAGCGGACCACCUGCUCGGAGUGCCUCUCCAAUUCCAGCCAGUGCGCCUGGUGCCAGUCCACCCGGAGCUGCUUCUUCUUUGCCGCCUACCUGGCGAAAUACCCCUACGGGGAUUGCCGUGGGUGGUACGACAGCGUUCACUCUGUGCCCCAAUGCCUGGACUGCACCCGCUUCAACUCCUGUCGUGAAUGUUUGCAAAACUUCGAAUGCGGCUGGUGUGGCAACUCGGACAACCCGACCUUGGGCAGGUGCCUCCCGGGUGACUUCUCAGGUCUCGGAACCUUCUGGAACUGCUCGGUGGCCCUGUGGGAAUCCCACGGGCUGCCUCCCUCCCACCCUGCCCAGUGGUCGUACGGGCAGUGUCCUGACGUGGACGAAUGCCGGCUGGGCUUGGCCAACUGCCAUCCCUUUGCCCGGUGCAAGAACACCCCGGAUUCGUUUCAGUGUCACUGCAACCGAGGUUAUGCUGGCGACGGGGUGGCUUUCUGCAACCAAACGUGCUACGAUGAGUGCGCCCACGGGGAAUGCAGCGGGGGCCCCAACUUCACCUGUUUGUGCGACUUAGGCUGGACCACCGAGCUCAUCACCGGGGCGACCCCUCCGCCCAGCGGAGUGCAGUGCAACCUGGAUUGCGGCUGCCACUUCCACAGCACCUGCAACCUCAAGGGCCCGGGUUUUUGCGAUGAGUGUCAAAACUGGACGCAUGGGGAACGCUGCCAUCUCUGCCGGCCAGGCAGCUACGGCAAUGCCACCACCCAGAGCGGCUGCCGUCAGUGCGCCUGCAAUGAGCACGGCCUGGAGGAGAGGGGCUACUGCCACAGCGCCACGGGGGCCUGUUACUGCACCCCGCCCACCGAAGGGCUGCACUGUGAGCGCUGCGCUCCCGGCUACUCGGGGGACCCCAGAAAUGGCGGCGUUUGCUAUCAGGAAUGUGUGGGGCGCACCUCGCUCCUCAGCCUCUCUUCCUCUUCCUCCCUGAGCUCUCAGCGGUCCGGGGGGGCGCCCUCUAACGGGCUCUCCUACUGCGUCUGGGUCUUGUCCACCGGGGCGGACAUCCAGCCUUGCCGGCCUGAACAAAGCUGCCCAACCAUCACACUCACGAUUCAGCCAGACACCCUUUGCAUGCAUAACUAUAUCUACGUCUUUGAUGGAGUCCCUGAUUUCCUGGACACAGGACUGAUCCAGCUGGACCGGACUCUCAUUGGGGCGUUCUGCGGCCAAGGUCAUCCCCGCCCCGUCACUGUAGAAGCAGUAUCAGGCCUCCUGGUCAUCUACUACGAAGCCAACUCUAGCGAGGCCUCAGGCUUUAAUGCCACCUACACGGUGCACCGUUGCCGGCCCAGCUGUCACAACAACCAGGAGUGCCAGGCGGGCCGCUGUGUUUGCAAGCCUGGCUACACCGGGCCCAGCUGCAAGUUCCAGGUCUGUCCAGGCAACUGUAGCGCUCACGCUGGGCAGGGACUCUGCAACAGGGACACAGCCAGCCGCUUUCUUCACCGUUUAGGCCACACCAUGGUGGAGGGUCCUGACUCCACCCUGUGGAUGUUUGGAGGCAUGUCGCUGCGUGAAGGAAUGCUGGGUAACGUGUACAGGUACUCCAUCGCUGAACGUCGCUGGACUCAGAUGCUGGCAGGAACAGAGGACCGAGGGCCGGGGCCCAACCCCCGGUACUUCCAUGCGGCUGCCUACAUAUCCUCAGGCAAAGCCAUGUACGUCCUCGGUGGACUGACCGCGGACGGAGUGGCCAGCGAUUUCUGGUUGCUGAACCUCACCACUUUGCAGUGGAGGCUUCUGCCGGAUCCUCUGAUCCCAGCUGUAGCUGGUCACACCCUCACGGCGCGGCGCGGCUCGUCCUUGAUCCUCAUCGGUGGCUACUCUCCCGAGAACGGCUUCAAUAAGAAAUUGCUGGAAUACAACGUGGCGUCGGAGAGCUGGCAAGCUGGGAACCAGGCUGGAACACCUCCGACAGGUCUGUACGGCCACUCGGCCGUGUACCACGAGACCACGGACGCGAUCUACGUCUUUGGUGGCCACCGCUUCCACGUGGAGAUGGUUUCAGCUUCUCCUGAACUCUACAGCCUUUACUAUCCCAACUUGACCUGGAGUUUACUGGCCCCAUCUCAAGGCCCAAAGCCCCUGGCUCAUUUCUUCCAUGUGGCGGCUGUGCUGAAGGACACCAUGGUGGUUAUAGGCGGGCGAACCGAACGGGAGAACUUCACCAGCCACGUUUUCUUCUACCAAUUGAAUUGCAAUACGUGGAUCCUUCCCAACAGCACAGCCGGCGCCGUGGUGGGGGAGCCCAUGACCGAGUCCAUCGCCCACGCCGUGGUUUCCCUGGGAGGCCGCCUCUACCUCUCGGGGGGCUUCAGCGGGGUGGCCCUGGGGCGCAUGCUGGCCCUCUCGGUGCCCCUUGACCCCUGCCUCAUCUUCUCCAGCCCGAAAGCCUGCAAUGGCUCAAAUGCCAGCUGCGUCUGGUGCCAUGCCAGCUGCGUCUCUGCCGAAGCGGCUGAAAGACAAGGCUGCUCCUUUGGGGGGAUCUCCUGCUUCCCCACCCCAAGAUCUGCAGAGGAGUGUCGCCGGCUAAGGACUUGCAGCGAGUGCCUCGCCCAACAUCCUCGAUCCAUGGCCCACAGCCUGGGUAUUCCUCCCUCGCCACAGUGUAAAUGGUGCACCAACUGCCCCGAGGGUGCGUGCAUCGGCAGCAGCGGCAGCUGCACUUCGGAGAACGACUGCCGCAUCAACCAGCGCGAGAUCUUCGUGGCCAGCAACUGCUCCGAGAUCUCGUGCGAGGCGUCUGACUGCGCCAAGUGCACAGCUUCCGGGAAGUGCAUGUGGACGAGGCAGUUCAAGCGCACCGGGGAGACCCGCCGCAUCCUCAGCGUGCAGCCCACCUACGACUGGACUUGCUUCAGCCACUCGCUCCUCAACGUCUCCCCGAUGCCCGUGGAGUCCUCGCCUCCCCUGGCCUGCCCCACACCCUGCCACAACCACAGCACUUGCGGGGACUGCCUCAGCUCCAAGGGGGCUGAUGGGGGCUGGCAGCAGUGUGUCUGGAGUGUCAGCCUGCAGCAGUGUAUGAGUCCAACUUACCUACCUAUGCGCUGCGCGGCUGGGAUGUGUGGCCGGGUCCUGAGCGGGUCAGAAAGCUGCACUCCAUCCUGUUCCCAUUUCCAGCAAUGUGCUCUUUGCAUCCAGCAGCCUCGGUGUGGCUGGUGCAGCUUCCAGGGAGAGAAUGGCAAAGGGCGCUGUCUGGAGGGAGGGCGGAGUGGCCCUCGCCACGGACUGGUGGAGUUGUGUGGCCUGAAAGCAGACUGGGCCUUCAUGUCGUGCCCGCCAGAAAACGAAUGCCUGAAUGGGCAUCACGACUGCAACGAGACCCAAAAUUGCAGCGACCUGCCUCACAGCUACAAAUGCACCUGCAAAAACGGCUACACCUUGGACAACAUUACAGGACUGUGCAAGCCGGUGUGCGAGCAAGGCUGCGUGAACGGGACCUGCGUGGAGCCCAACGCCUGCCAGUGCCAUUUUGGCUACGUGGGUCAGAACUGCUCGGUGGAGUGCCAGUGCAACAAACACAGCAACUGCCGGGGCGUGGGGGCCCAAGACCAGUGCCUGCAGUGUUUCAACAACACCAUGGGGCCACACUGUGAAAAAUGUCAGCCGCUCUUUGUCGGGUCGGCCCUCAACGGCGGCUCCUGCCGGCCUUGCCACGUUUUCUGCCGAGGGAACAGCAACAUGUGCAUCACGCGGGAAGAAUACAAGCGAGCACAGCAGGAUCCGGUCCGCUUCCCCUUGGAGCCUGCCUUGAUUCCCACAUGGGUGGCGGAAGGCCCUGCCGAGGACGCAGCGAUGUGUGUGAACUGUCAGAACAACAGCUUUGGAGACAAGUGUGAGAGCUGCCUCCACGGCUACUUCCUGCUGGAGGGCAAAUGUACCAAGUGCCAAUGUAACGGCCACGCUGACUAUUGCCACGAACUGGACGGGACGGGUUGCCCAUGCCAAAACAACACGGAGACCGGAGGCUGUCAGAACAAUGCCCAAGCUGACAAGAAGGAUUGCUACAAACAACAGUGUGCCAAAUGCCGGGAGUUAUUCCACGGGAAUCCGGUGGGUGGCCACCAAUGCUAUCGGCUGAUCAUUGUCGAUCAGGAGAGCUGCUUUGAUCCGAUGUCCCAACUCAACUGCUUUCACGAGCCGAACAUCAAGAACUUGCAGUUUGGACGCUCCGUUUUUUUUGGAGUCCAGCCCAAAUUUACCAACGUGGACAUCCGGAUCACCAUCGAUGUGACCUUCGGCGGAGUGGACGUCUACAUCUCUACCUCCUACGAAACGUUUGUGGUGGACGUAGAUCGGGCCACUGGCAUCCAUUUGGUGAGGAUUGUCCCCUCGGGGGAAGACCCGGGGGCGCGCAGCGGCUUAAGCAACGGGAGCCAGUCCUCCCCCCUGGUACGAGAGGCGCAGGCCUAUGGCUUGAUCACCUACAUCACCGUGAGGGAGCAGCAGGCGGUGCUGAUCGUGCGAGGGGUCCGAGAUCGCGUGGUCAUCACUUACCCGCACGAGAUCCACGCCCUGAAAUCCAGCCGCUUCUAUGUCAUCCUGCUGGGCAUCGGCGGGAGCGGCCCCAACGUCACCGAGUCUCAGGGCCUCCUCUUCUUCCGCCAAGACCAGGCCCACAUUGACCUCUUUGUCUUCUUCUCCGUCUUCUUCUCUUGCUUCUUCCUCUUCCUCUCCGUCUGCGUCUUGCUUUGGAAAGUCAAGCAGUUCCUGGACCUGAGACACGAGCAACGGCGCCACCUGCAGGAGAUGACCAAGAUGGCCAGCCGGCCUUUUGCCAAAGUGACCAUCUACUUUGAGCCGGAUAAUUUGGGGGCACCUGCCGAGCUGGUUUUCCUCCCCGUCCCCUAUCCCGUGGCCCAUUUCCGCCGCUCGGAGCCCUUCCUGUCUCAUCUCAUGGGCUACUCCUACUCCAGCUUCCGGGUGGGACCGAUCACCUUGGAGCCAACGGACGAUGGCAUGGCUGGUGUGGCUACUGUCCUCUUCCAGCUGCCGGGUGGGCUGCAGGCCCCCAACCGCGCUUGCCUUGGCUCUGCUCUCGUCACCUUGCGCCACAAUCUCCAGGACUACUGCAGCAGCAGCCACGGUGUGAGCAGCUCCCGCAAGGGCCUACUCAGCCACGAGAACAUCACAAGCAUGUCCCUAUGA